UGGGCUGCAGGGGAGGAGUCAGCGCACAACGGAGGGGAGGAGAAGGGGGUUAUUUCUAAAAUGUCCCCGGUAACCGGUCAUUCAUAAUGAGUGACAACGAAACUAACUUGAAGUUUAGUACGGUAGUUCAGCUGCCACUUUCUUCUUUAACAUCCCACGCGAGACUUACUGCGACGUACUGUUUUAUCCGUCAUUGAUCGCAUUAUUUUGCGUACCAGCUGCGUCAGAAUAUGGAUAUGAACUCUAGAAUCUUCGGCUUUUUGACAUGUAUCCUCCAGACAAUUCUGCUGUCAUCGGCCACCCUCGAACCGUUUGACCUGCUCUAUGAUAACGGAGUGGAGGCUUUCUAUAAAGGAGACUAUGGCAAAGUGGUGCGGUACAUGGAGAGCGCGUUGGGCAGUUUCUCCGAAGUGCGUCAGACCAGAAUCAGAUGCAGGCUGGAAUGCAGAGAACAGCAUCGCUUUGAUGGAUUUCUGAAUGAAGAUAAGUUCUUUGAAGUGAUUCUUCAUAGGGCGCAUUGUGCGAAUGAAUGCAUUGAGAGAAAGCUGGGAGCUCAAUCCAUGCACAAAGUCAGUGAAGAUGUCAUUCAAGAUUUUCAUAGAAGAAUUCCCUACAACUACCUGCAACUUGCCUACAGAAAGCUCGGGCAACUGGACAAAGCUGCAUCUGCUGCUCAUACAUAUUUCCAAGCCAACCCUGAGCAUGUGGAGAUGGGUGAGGACUUGGAGCAGAACAAAGUCCUGCAGGGUGUAAAAGAGGAGCACUUCAUUGACCGGGAAGCCCGACCACAUCAGAAAGCCUUCUUUGCUGGCGUGAAGCUCUACGACAAAGGCAACUAUGGAGGGGCCUUGACUUUCUUCGAGGAGGCCCUGACUGAGUACUACCAGGCUGAUGUGGAGUGCCGGGCUUUAUGUGAAGGGCCACAGCGCUUCGAGGAGCAGGAUCAUGUCUUGUACAAAUAUAGCCUCUAUGAGCUGAUCUCAGAUCAUUACACACAGGUUCUUCACUGUGAGCAUGAAUGUGUCAGAGACUUGGCCACCCGCCCCGGACGCCUGUCACCCAUGGAGAACUACCUGCCCCUGCAUUACGACUACUUGCAGUUUGCCUAUUUCCAAGUGGGCAGGAUUGAGGAUGCUUUGGUGUGUGCUCUGACAUACCUGUUGUUCCAUGAAGGGGAUGAGUUCAUGACUGAGAAUGUGGAGUAUUACAGGGAGGUACUGGGACAUGACGGCCAGCCUCGUAAGGAAGCUGAACAGUACUUUAGACAGCAUAGGCAGGAGUCAGACCUGCUAGUCAUCGGCAGCAAAAACAUUGGAGCGCCUUACAUUGAGGGGAAUUAUUGGAGCAGUUCAGGUGGUAGAGAAGAUGCUAACAGAAUUCCUUCUGGUACAGAUGGCUGGAUGGACUAUGUGCCGAUAUCAGGAAAGAAGAACGUCACUGUGGCUGUGGUUCAAGAGCUACGAGAAGGAGGUCCACUGCUGUAUGAGAAUGUAAAACUUGUGCAGAACUCUGAGGCUCUCAAUGGAACUCAAAGAGUGCUUUUCGAUGAUGUCAUCACUGAGGACGAGUGUUCUGAGCUUAAACAUCUGGCACAUAGUGUCACUGCAGCUGGUGAUGGCUACAAGGGAAAAAUGUCCCCUCACACACCCAAUGAGAAAUUUGAAGGGGCAACAGUAUUGAAAACACUCAAGUAUGGAUAUGAGGGACGUGUACCUUUAAGAAGUGCCCGCCUCUUUUAUGAUGUCAGCGAGAAGGCCAGGCGGAUAAUUGAGUCAUACUUCAUGUUGAAUUCCACUCUGCAUUUCUCAUACACACAUCUUGUGUGUAGGACAGCCAUAUCUGGUCAACAAGAUCACAGAAAUGAUCUUAGUCACCCAAUACAUGCCGACAACUGUCUACUCGACCCAGAGGCACAUGAAUGCUGGAAAGAGCCGCCUGCAUAUACCUACCGAGACUACAGUGCCUUGUUGUAUCUGAACGGGGAUUUUAAUGGUGGAGAAUUCAUUUUUACCGAAAUGGAUGCCAAGACUGUCACUGCCUCCGUGAAGCCCAGGUGCGGCCGGAUGGUUGGUUUUUCAUCUGGUGGAGAGAAUCCACACGGUGUGCGUGCGGUCACCAGAGGGCAGAGAUGCGCUGUUGCACUUUGGUUCACUUUAGACCCCCUCUACAGGGAACUGGAGAGGCUUCAAGCUGAUGAGGUGGUUCAAGCCUUGGAAAACCAGCACAUGUGGGAUCACAGCCUCCAAAUAAACCCAAAAGACGAGUUAUAGUCCAGCAGCCAACGGAUAGAGAGCACAGGGUUCAUGUCAAUGCCUAUUUAUUUAAUGAUCAGAAUGAUUUUAUUUUUUUACGGUUUGAUGUAAAGGUUUUUUUAUUUUGUUUUUGACUAUUGGUAAAACUAUUAUUAUUACUAUUAUUUGUGCAUAGUAAGACCUCAGUUCAAAAUCUGGCUCACAUUUUUGCUUGUUUUAGCGUGUUUGCAAUGGCUUCUCGUUUUAUACCCUUAAAGUCAACGUGAAAUCAAAAUUCACAGUGUUUACUUUUACCCUUAUACAGUAUUGUGUUCCGGUCAAAACUGAAUGAUUCACUUUUUGUUCCUGAAAACUAGUUUAUUUCAUCCAGUUGGAAUAAAAUUUCAUGACUUUGUUCACACAGGACAUCUAAACACAAAUUAUAAGAUAACUUUCAUAAAAUUUUAUUGGUUUUAUUACACUUUGUUACACCUCUGGUGUUCCCAGUCUAAAGUGACUAGCCAUUAGAAAAGUAUGGAUUAGACUACAAAAUACAGAAAUAUUAAGUGUUCAGGAGCAUCCCAUUCCUUUAGGUGAGCACAUAAAUGGAUGUAUGUUUGCACACACAAAGUCCUCGGACAUGUGCACGCACACAAAACACACACACACACACACACACACACACACACACAACGUGUGUUGAGCACCCUUUUGUGCAUUGUCUUUCCAUGUACACUCUUUGAGUAGUAUUUCAAGAUCUACUUAUCAUAUUAUGUGUUUGGGCUCAUUUGAAUCGGGAUAGUCUGCUGUAAGUUACGUCAUCUCAUUGACUAUAUGUAUGUUUCAGGAAGUAAGAAGGAAUAAAGGGACAAAAGACACUCCUGUUUAUUAUAUUUAAGUGUGUCAGUGGGAAUUUCAUACACUAAUACUCACUGCAGUUUGGCCUCUGAGCUCAUUGCAUUUUACUAACUGAGACCUUUCCAACAAUAUAUAACAUGGCUAUCUUUUUCAGUGUUUUUACCAACUCUGAAUAUAAUUGUUGUGAUAACAAAUUAGCAAAUUAUGAGAACAAAAUAGUUUAGUUUGUCAGAAAAAUUAAAAAGCAUUAUUUAAUAAUUGGUAGGAUCAGAUUUGCAUUGUAAAGUCCAGAUGUUAGCUUUAAAAUGAAACCCUUUUUGUUUAGAUCAAGCAAGCAGUUAAUAUUUUAUCACAUAAUUUUACAUUUUUUCUGCAUGGAGUGCCCCCCCCCACUAGUCCGGUAUAAACUCAGUUCAAUGAAUCCUUCUAUCAAUAAAAAAUAUACAUCUAUAUACAUUUAAAAUAUGUUCACUAAAAAGAAGUUGACAAAAAGAUCUAAUGCAAUAUCUCGGGGUAACAUAUGCAAUAUGAGAGAUUUAUUAACAAUCUUAGUUGGCAUGUUUUGACCUGGAACACAAAAGGUAUUAGCACAAAUGAACACAACACAAGGGUUAAUACACAUGUCUGGUCUUAUUGUGCACAACUCAUUAAUGCACAUUAUUAAAAAAAAUUUUUUUUCGUAAUCUUUCAUCAAACUGAAAUAACUUGCUCCGCCUCUGAAAUUACCUUCCUUUUUGUCUGACGUAAAAUAAUGUUAUAGCCAACUAGCCAAAUAGCUUCUGUUGUAGGUAAUGCAGUCUUUCUGAAAUCUCUGCAAUAGUUAAAGCAGUAAUUUAAUGCUAGUUUGAAAUGCCCACUUUUCACAAUCCAAUCAAUUCACGCUGGAUAUAAUCAAGUCUAUAAUAUUUUUUCUAUUACACAUUUAGAAAUGUGUCACAUUACGGAAAUAAAAUGGGCUGCGAUUGCAUUUCAUGUUGACUUUAAAAGAAACGGAACAUUAUUUUCAUUGCUAUUAAGGAAAAUAUGGUUUGGCAGUUUCAUUUUAGGAACUGAAACUUACCAUUCAUAGCAGCAAUAAUCUGAAUAGCUGGACAUAAUCCAAGUUACCCCAAAAAAAACAAAAAACAGACUAUGAAAAAUUAGGAUUUGCACAGUUAUAUACUUACUGGACAUUCUUCACUGCUAUUAAUAUAGCUGUUAGUGUUUUUGCUUUUAAUGUACUAUAAAAAGAGCACUGUGAUUUAUUUCUGUGACACUGCAGUGCUUUUAGAUUACUCAAUUUAUCUCAUGCCUCAAAACCAUGGGACUAGAUAACUGUUUACAAAUGAGCUGACUCAGAGCUAUGGUGUGGUUUGAUCAUAGACAGCGACCGUAUAAUAGCAAGUGUCAGCAGAAUUUGAUAUUAGGAACCUUUUUUAAUAAAAGAUUCUAUUUGUUCCUGUUUCAAGGAAUUUGAAUUUAAAUGUGGCAUAUAACUGUCCUUUCAAAUUCAUUGACUUGUGUUGCAUUUCUCUCUGUGGACAGUUGCAAUGUGCUUUGCACUGAGAUGUAUGGAAGAAAAUAGAUUGUUAGGCUACUCAUCUUACAGUUGAUUUUAAACUAGCCGGAGCUCUUGUUGAAUUUUGAAUAAGGAGGAUGGCCACUUUUUGUCACUGAUAUUUAAGUACAUGAGUAUUUAAGUAUGCUUUUAUGUAAUGUAAAGUGUUGUUUGCUAUAUGGAUUUUAAAUUAAAGACUGAAAUAUAUCUACUCUA